AUGAAGCUGCACGCUAAACUAUUCAGCGUCGCCAGUCUUGCGACAUGGCUGAUCAACACUGUGACCGUGCUGGCCAAUACUGAGAAGGCCAUUUUCCUUGGGGCCCAGACAAUAAACAUGCCUACAACCCAUCCAAACUUGGACGACUUGCACAUUGACACCCUUACACCUGAAAACUGGACGAUCCGAACUCAUCUUGAGGCUCAGUUCCCCACCGAGUCUGCCCAAUAUGGCAAGGCCACAUGGCUGGUGCUUGAUAGGCUCACCGCCGGCCAGCGAUACGAAGUGAGGGUCUGCUGGGCUGCCACCCAACCGACUGAGUUCAGAUUGAAGACGUAUGAAUUACCUGCUGUCUUCGAAACGCCAGAGCUGAUCACCAGUUUGUCCGAGUACUCCUGGUCUCGCCAGGCAUAUGGCCAAGCAGAUGAAACAGGCAGUUCUGCUACCUUCAAAGCUACGUCAGGCGCAUUGCACAAGGAAAAAAUGGCUUCAGUCCUCCUUCUGCAAAUCCUUGCAGCUGCCGAUUAUUACACGACGAAUACGACAUUGAUGAGCAAGGUACCCCCAGUGUUCGUGGAUAUCAUAUUAGAUCCGUUCAUUUUGAAUAUAUUUCCGCGAUCCCUUCUGCCAACCGUCGGGUAUAUCAUUGUGGUCGCCGUUUUGUCAUACUUCCUAGCCCGGCAGAUUUCAAUUUGGAUACGUCACACAGCACAAGAGCGCGACCAAGCUAAGAAGCGACAAUGA